AUGGCCAUCCGAGUAUUUUGCAACUCCUGCUUCUGUGAGCCCCGCAAGGCCUCACCACGGUUCAUCUUCACCAGCUGUGGCCAUGUCAUCUGUGAGCUCUGCCUCCAAAAAGGCAAAAAAGAUGAAUGUUUGAUCUGCAGAACUCCUUGUCGUACAGUAUUCCUUUCAAAAGAGACAAGUCCUGAAAUUCAGUCACUGUUCAUGGGAAUAGACACACUGUGCAGGAAAUAUUCAAAAGAAAUAACACAGAUUUCAGAAUUUCAAGAAAAAAAUCGUAAACAUUUGCUAGCAUACCACAGAGAAAAGAGAGUAAAGCUGGAAGAAUCUCUGAGGAAAGCAAGACAGCAACUGCAUCAGAUACAAUGUAUGAAACCUCCUCAGCAAGCUACUCAACUGCCAUUUGCCAGUACAAGCAGAAAUCCACUUUCCAUGCCUUCAAGAAGACUGAAUGGGUAUUCCUCAUAUUCUCGUCAACCUAGUCAUCCUUCUUCUGAAACAAUGGAGUCAAUGGAGGUUGAUCCUGUACCUUCACCAAUGAGGAAACCUGAGACAAUGACUGGUCCAGCAAGAUUAUCAGUUAUAACUCCACCGCAGGAUGGACGCAUGGGUAGUGUAUCCUACAGAAGUUCUCAGUCAUCUGGAAUAACAUCAAGUCAAACUACAGCAGUAUCUACCAGAUCCACACCUAUAGGACUACCACAUAAUGGAUGUUCACUUAUAUCACCAUCCGGAUCACAAAACAGUAGGAGGGGAUCAUGGUCUGCUUCUGAUUUCAGAACUCCUCCAUUAUAUCAAUUUACAUUACCUUCACCACAGUCAUCUGUAGCAAGACCUCCAAUCACCAUUUCUGGAAUUCUACAAAGACAACAUUUAGGAUCAGCUAGUUUUGGAGGACAAACAGCAGAAAGAUAA